UCGAUUCCCCAGGGGAGCCCCUCCCCGCGCUGGCGCAGCCCGAAGCUGUGGGCAUGAAUGGCGGGCGCAGCGGCGUUCAGCGGGACACCUGGGGGGCCGGGCCCCGCGGAUUCCGAGGACGCGUGCCGCUGGCGCUGUCCGGAGCACGGCGACCGCGUGGCCGAGCUCUUCUGUCGCCGCUGCCGCCGCUGCGUGUGCGCGCUUUGCCCACUGCUGGGCGUGCACCGCGGCCACCCGGUGGGCCUGGCGCUGGAGGAGGCGGCGCACGUGCAGAAACUCACCCAAGAAUGUUUACAGCAGUUGGCCAUCACGAAGCAGCAGCAAGCUGGCAACAUAACCCAGAUGGAAGACGCUGCGGAGAAGCUGAAGGCUCAUGCAGAGUCAAGUAAAACCUGGCUGACAGGAAAGUUCACUGAACUCAGGUUACUGCUUGAUGAAGAGGAAGCACUGGCCAAGAAAUUCAUUGAUAAAAACACGCACCUCACCCUCCAGGUGUACAGGGAGCAGAUCAAGUCUUGUGGGGAGCAAAUCGACGUCAUCAAUGAUCUCUCCAGCAGGGUCUGGGGCAUCAGCCAGGAGCCCAACCCCAUCCAGCUGCUGCAGGAGUACACGGCCGCUGAGCAGCAGAUGCGGCGGCAGAUGAGCCUGAGGGAGCUGUGCCACCCCGUGCCCCUCUCCUUCGAGCCCAUCAAGAGCCUCUUUAAGGGCCUCGUGGAAGCCAUGCAGAGCACGUUACAGACACCGCUGGACGUUCGCCUUAAGGAAAACAUGAACUGCCAGCUCUUGGGUUCCUCCAGCGCCAAGCCGGGCUCCUUGUUGAAAACAAGCCCCUCACCAGAGCGAUCGCUCUUCUUAAAAUACGCGCGCACGCCCUCGCUGGAUCCGGACACGAUGCACGCGCGCCUGCGCCUCUCGGCCGACCGCCUGACGGUGCGCUGCGCCCUGCUCGGCUCCCUGGGGCGCGCGCCGGCGCUGCGCUUCGACGCGCUGUGGCAGGUGCUGGGCCGCGACUGCUUCGCCGCGGGCCGCCACUACUGGGAGGUGGACGUGCAGGAGGCGGGCGUCGGCUGGUGGGUGGGCGCGGCCUACGGCUCCCUGCGGCGCCACGGGGCCGCGGCCGCCGCCCGCCUGGGCUGCAACCGCCAGUCGUGGUGCCUGAAGCGCUACGACCUGGAGUACUGGGCUUUCCACGACGGCCAGCGCAGCCGCCUGCGGCCCCGCGGCGACCCGGACCGGCUCGGCGUCUUCCUGGAUUACGAGGCCGGCGUGCUCGCCUUCUACGACGUGACUGGCGGCAUGAGCCACCUGCACACCUUCCGCGCCGCCUUCCAGGAGCCGCUCUACCCGGCCCUGCGGCUCUGGGAGGGGGCCAUCAGCAUCCCCCGGCUGCCCUAGCGGAGCCCAGAGAGACGGGGCUGGGCAACGGCCUACUCUCUAAGCACCCCCUCCUCUCCCCAUCAGUCAGGCCCCGUGCUUUGAACAGUUCCUCUCCUAGGCUCGUUUCAGACAUGCCCUACACACAGGUCCUCUGCCACUGCUCUCUCCCCAGACCCACCGCACCAGGGCACCUGUACUACACUCCUUUCAGUCCAGGCGCCUGAAAGGACACCCCACAGGGAGCCCUAAGCAUCCUGACCGUGGCAGAAUACACUGUCCUGAGCCUCCCACCUCCUCAUACAGCACCCAGAACACCUGGCACAUGGUAGGCACACAAUAAAUAUGUAAAUGAAUGAGAGUCACCCAGCCCUGACUCUUCAUUCGUUAAUGUCCCUUGGAUCUGCCGCCUCCUCUCCACUCUACUUCAGCUUGUCCAUGUCACCUCCCUCCAGAGCGGCUGCAAGAGCCUCUUAACACCUCCUGGCCUAAAUCCUCUCCCAUCCUCGUCCUCCACCCUACAGCCAGAGUGAUCUGCCUAAAACCUCACUUCACCUCUUAGAACUAUCAGGAGUUUCCCAAGGACUACAAGGGAAAAAAACAAGCACUUUACCUUAGCAUUCAAGGCUUUUCUAGUCUGACCCAAACUACGUAUCCUCAUAGUUCCUCCUCCUCAUAGCAGGAGACCGAGCUCCCGCUGCUCUUUUCAGAGACCCUCCAAUCAGAAUGGCAUCACACAGCCUCAUCUCUACACUCCGCCUUUGCUGCUGGCUUUCCCGGUGCCCCAUACACACAUUUAUAUAGGAAAGCACUUUCUUCCUCUGUCUGCCGGUCUGUCUUCCCCAGGCUUAACUGCCCCAGGAAGUCUCCCCAGCCACAAGAAUUGCCCUCUCUUACUGUCAGAGCCACAAAUCUGGGACCUGUCUUUCAAACUAGAUUGGAAGCUUUCUAAGAGCAGCUAUGUCCUAUACCGUCCCCACCCUCCCAGGCAGUGAGGGAAUGACCAGCAGCCGGCUGCCAUUGAAUCACAGCACAGGUGAGCUGGGAGGGCCUCACAGAUCACUCAGCCCCACCUCACUGUACAUUUGGGGAGACUAAGUUCCCAAAAGAAAGUUGCUGAAAGUCACCCAUGGUGAUUAAGGGCUGGGCCACCCCCCAGCCCCCAGGCAAGUGUCUGACUUGCCCCCUGGCCGAGCCCUUCAGGCCCAGCUUUCAACCUGGGAGAUUUUACUGCUCAUUCAUUUCUCAGGGCAUGUUGGGAAGAAAGCAGUAGGUGACUGUUGCUAAGCAACCACAGCAGUUUUCCCAACUGUCUUGGAAUCCAGGGGAUGGUUUGGGCAGCCCAGAUAUCCCCAUGCUCCUCAGAUCCAGAUCCUUCUGGGUUGCCAAGGAAACCCAGAGAACCCCGUUUUCCAGAAAGAAGUGACGGAAAUAGAGAAGGCCGGCUCCUCUAGAGAGAGGGAAAGGCCUCUUUCCAGGGUCUGUGCCUCAGUUCUGAAGGUUCGGUAUCCUGAUUUGUCAAAUUCCCUAGAUGGUUUUGAAGUUAUGCUGUGUUAACAUAUCUUGUUAGGCGCUAGCAGGAGGGCAGCAGUCAGGACAGGAAAACGGAAAGCUGCGUCUCCCUUAUGGUUUAACCAGACUCAGUGCAUUAAUUAGUUUGAACCAUUUAAAAUUGCCAGUUGCUAAAAAUGGCACUUUCAUCCGGGGCAAUGUAAUACAAGUGGAAGGAGCUUCAAAAGUGCCUUUAGUUCUAAUCAAAGCAUUUGAAACUCAAGCUUGCAUAGAUGUCUAAGCACUUUGCUCCAGGCAUCCUGAGGAAAGGGAACUUAAUUCUCCUGGGGCUGGUCCUGAGCUGAAUUCUGACAGGCGGAGGGCAUUCCUGACAGAAGCAGGUGGGUGCACUUGAUCCACAUCCCUGCAAACCAAGACUUGUUCCCAGGCCCACAGCCAUGGGGGCCCAGUCCUACCAGCUCUUGCGCUUUUGUCAGGGCUGUUCCCAUGCUUUACGACUGUUAACUCAUUCAAUCCUCGCCUCAUCCCUAGGAGGUAGGAAGUUAUCCCAAUUCUGCAUUAUGGCAAAAUUGAGACACAGAAUGAGUAACUUGCCCAAGGGCACACAGCUAACGGUGGCACUGGAGUCUGUGCUCAUGUCCCCCAGGCCGUACUGUUGGAGCGAGCACAGCAGGUCUCUGGCCGGCGCCUGCGCGCUCUGCCCCCGUCAGGCCUGUGACCCUCUGCUUUUGCCUGGUUACUCUGUGGGACUAGAGCCUGCCUUUGGGUGACCUCCCUUGGGCUCUGAGAUGAGGUCUAACACCAGAGGGGGAUUUGAGAGUUUGGAUUUGUGUAGCAGAGACAGAGCUGGACUAUAAAGGACGAAACUGGCUCUUAUCCAGUGCCUACUCUGGGCCAAGGCUGUGCUAGUCAGAAAACUGCAGUUUUGGUCCACAAUCAGGUGUGGCCUCUGGCUAGUCACUUGUUACUUCUUGGAGCGUCAUGUGUAAAACGGGGGUAAUGACCCUUCCUGUCAGUGUUGCGAGGCUCAAAUGAGCCCAAGGGUGUGAACUUGACCUCAAAACCGUCCAGUGCUGUACAGGCCGGGACCUCUGAGCAUCCCUGCGGAGCUCCUGUUGGGCCUGACGUCGUGCUGAGACAGCUGAUGUUCCUGGCUGCCCUCUGGCAGCAGCAGGAACCUCCCUGAAUAUUCUCAGUGCAGAACUGAGCUUCCUUGGGGUCCCCGUCUGCAAGGGUACUGAUCACUUAUUCUCUUUCAGAUUUGAAUUUGUAGAAAUUUCUUUACUGAUACAGCAAAUUUCUUGCAGAUAUUUUUAAAUGACUGCAAUUUUCUAAUAUGUGGUUUGUGUUAAUAAAAUAUGAAUACUGUCCCUUUUAA